GCUUCUCGGUGGCGGCAGAGCAGAUCCUUUUGUUUAGACGCGCCACAUUCCCAGAACCGAACCGGAUCACGUGAAGUGGGAGAGCGGUUGGAGGCAGUGCAGCGCGCCAGUAACGGUUUCUUUUUUCGUUAGGUCACGCUCCCGCACCACUGGAGGCUUUUUGUAGCGACAGGCCUGAGAGCCCGGGCAGCGACCCGCCGCCCUCCCGCCCGACUCCUACACUGACCCAGCAACCCGAAAAGCUGGCAGCUUCUGUGGGAAAAAAGCAAAACAAAAAAAAGAUGGAAGAAGUUGAUGAAGAGGAGGAAGAAUACGUGGUGGAAAAGGUUCUAGACAGGAGGGUGGUUAAAGGAAAGAUUGAAUAUCUCCUGAAAUGGAAAGGAUUCUCUGAUGAGGACAACACUUGGGAGCCAGAAGAGAACCUGGACUGUCCUGAUCUGAUUGCAGAGUUCCUACAGUCACAGAAAUCUGCACACGAGUCCGACAGAUCGGAUGGAAAACGCAAAGCAGAUUCUGACAAUGAACUUGUGGGUGAAGAGAGUAAGCCUAAAAAAAAGAAAGAUGAGGUUGAGAAGCCUCGUGGAUUUGCUCGAGGUUUAGAUCCAGAAAGGAUUAUUGGAGCCACAGACUCAAGUGGAGAGUUAAUGUUCCUAAUGAAAUGGAAAAAUUCUGAUGAAGCGGAUCUUGUCCCAGCAAAGGAAGCCAAUGUGAAGUGUCCCCAAGUGGUGAUUUCAUUCUAUGAGGAACGGCUGACGUGGCAUUCCUACCCAACAGAGGAUGAUGAUAAAAAGGAUGACAAGAACUAAAGGCCGCAUAAAGCUGUUUUUUGUAACAGUGGAUGGUGGGUCCUACAGGGGAGGGGGUGGGAGGACAGCUACAGGAUCCAGUCUUUCUUGCAGCCAAAAAAAGGUGUUUUAUAUGUAAAGCCUAGGAGACACUGCACCCUUUAUAUGCCCCUGCUCCCUCGCUUCAUCUUCCCCACUAGUGUUACAAACUCUACAUUUUUACCAAGUAGCAUGUAUUGUUUGGCUAUUAGUGAUUAGAGAUGAGCGAAUUUCAUAUUUUGAAAUUCGUUCACGCUUCGUUUGUUGGUAAAAGCAGAAUUGCGUUAUGGAUUCCGUCAUAAAAGAAGUCUAUGGGCUGCAAAACGGAUUCGUCC